AUGUCACCCUGCGAGCCAGUGCCUGCCACCAAGGCUAGUCACAGUGAUGUUUCUCGCGUCCUAUCAGACGACUUUGGUGUCACAUCCAAUGCUUUCCUUCCAGAACAACAACCUCUCUCGAGGCUUCCAGAUCAAUACUAUGCCCCCUGGGAAACCAUUGUCUCUUCUCUUUCCUCCCAUAUUCAACAACAGACUCUCCGCCAGGAGGUAGACAGAUUGCCAAUCCUAUCAACAGACCGCCUGGCCUCAGAAGCCGAAUGGAGACGAGCCUAUGUUGUCUUGGGCUUCCUCACACAUGCCUACGUCUGGGGAGGUGACGUUGCUUCCGAGAUCCUCCCCCCACCCAUAACUGUCCCUCUCCUCUCCGUUUCCAGACACCUCUCUCUUCCCCCAGUAGCCACCUAUGCCGCGGUCAACCUCUGGAACUUUUCUUCGGUAUCUCCAACAUCCGACCUCGCUGACCUCGACUCCCUCACCGCACUCCACACCUUCACCGGCACUCAAGAUGAGUCCUGGUUCUACAUGGUCAGCGUCGCCAUGGAGGCCCGAGGCGGUCCCAUCAUCCCCGUCAUGCUCUCCGCCCUAUCUGCCCUCCAACACCACGACCUUCCCGCCGCCACCGAGGCCAUCAACGAAAUCACCUCCUGCAUCCACAAACUGGGGAUAUUGCUCGACAGGAUGGACGAAAGGUGCGACCCAGAAGUGUUUUACCAUCAGAUCCGUCCUUUCCUAGCAGGCAGCAAGAACAUGGCCGGGGCCGGGCUGCCAAACGGCGUGUUCUAUGACGAGGGACAAGACGGCAAGGGAGAAUGGAGACAGUACCGAGGAGGAAGCAACGGCCAAAGCUCGCUCAUCCAGCUAUUUGACCUCGUGCUGGGAGUUGAGCACGUCGCACAGGGUAAUGCGAGCCCGGACUCGUACUCGCGGGAGAAGAAGAUGGAGAGUUUCCACAGGGAGGUCAGAGGGUACAUGCCGGAGCCGCACAGGAGGCUUCUUGAGUUUGUGGAGGGGCGGUACCCAGGAGGAUUGAGGAAAGGUGUGGAGGAUUUGUUGGUGACACCGAGCACAGAGGGAAACGACGGUGAGAGAAGGGAGUUGAGGGAGGCGUUCACGACGGCGACCAAGGCGCUGGCUGAGUUUAGGAAUAAGCACUUGCAGAUUGUGACGCGAUAUAUCGUAAUCCCGUCGAGGAAGGAGAACAAGGCCAAGGGAAGUAACUUGGCGACGGCGUCAUCGAGGCUGGCGGGGGAUGAUGAUAAGAAGCUGACGGGGACAGGGGGGACUGCACUAUUGCCGUUCCUGAAGCAAUCACGGGAUGAAACGUUUCGCGCGGGGGAUUUUUCGCGAUGA